AUGUCGGACGAGAAGAAGGUUGCUACCGUUGCCGUCCUGCCCGGUGACAGCUCCGGAAGUGAUUCGAUCGAUAUCCCGAGCCAAGCAGACGAGGCCCAGGGAUAUGACCAAAAGGCCACCAAGGCGCUUCUGCGCAAGCUGGACUGGAACAUCAUACCGUUCAUGUCACUAAUCUACUUACUCUGCUUCCUUGACCGCACAAACAUUGGCAACGCACGUCUUGACAACCUCGAGAAAGACCUUGGCCUCACCGGCAUCCAGUACAAUGACUGCCUCGCGAUCCUCUUCCCCUUUUACAUCGCGGCCGAGAUACCCAGCAACAUGAUGAUGAAGCGGAUACGGGCGUCGCGCUGGUUGACGUUCAUCAUGUUCUUCUGGUCCGUGUCCAUGAUCUGCCAGGGCUUCGUCAAGAACUACGCGGGCAUGCUGGCCACGCGCGUCUUCCUGGGCCUGUUCGAGGGCGGGCUGUACCCGGGGGUCAACUACUACAUCACGCAGUGGUACUGCCGGCGCGAGUGCGGGUUCCGCAUGGCGCUCUUCUUCUCGGCGGCGACCAUGGCGGGCGCGUUUGGCGGGAUCCUGGCCCGCGGCAUCGCCGAGAUGCGGGGCGUGGGCGGGCUGCCGGCCUGGUCGUGGAUCUUCAUCCUCGAGGGCCUGCUGAGCGUGCUGGUGUCGUUCGCCGCGCCCUUUGCCAUCCACGACUCGCCGGCCGAGGCCAAGUUCCUCACGGCGCCGGAGCAGGCCGAGGUGGAGCGGCGGCUGAGGGCGGACGCCGGCCACCUGUCCAACGACUUUGACGUCCGCUACGUGUGGCAGGCGCUGGGCGACUGGAAGAUCUACAUCCACAUGCUCAUCUGCAUGGCCGGCUUCUGCCCCAUCUACUCCUUCUCGCUGUUCCUGCCCACCAUCGUCAAGGGCAUGGGGUACACCGCCAACGACGCCCAGCUCAUGACCGUGCCGCCCUACGUCGUCGCCUGCUGCUUCACCAUCGCCGCGAGCUGGCUGGCCGACCGCUGGCAGCGCCGGGGCGUCUUCAUCAUGGCCUUCCAGGUUGUCGGCAUCGCGGGCUUUGCGCUGCUGUGCGGCACCGACAACUCAAGGGCGCAGUACGCGGGGACGGUGCUGGCUGCUAUUGGCAUCUAUCCUCAGAUCCCCCUCGGCCUCGCCUGGAACAGCGGCAACAUUGGUGGCAGUCUGAAGCGAGGCACCGGCAUCGCCAUGCAGGUCAUGGGCGGCAACUGCGGCGGCAUCAUAGCUUCAUAUGUGUACCUUUCGCGGGACGGGCCUCGGUACAUCACAGGACACUCGAUUCUGAUCGGGUUUAUCAGCAUGGCCUUCUUCCUCAGUCUCUUCAUGUCGAUAUGGUGUCAGCGGGAGAACGCUCGGCGAGAGGCCAUCUCCCCCGAGCUCGGUGCGCACGAGCUGAACGAGGAGCAGAUGCAAAUGGAGCGGGAGAAGGCGGACAAUGUGCCGUGGUUCAGAUACACCAUCUGA